UUUCCAGGACAGGAACACUGAUGCCUCAUGGGAAAGCCAAGAUCACACCAGGAGCAGAUGACAAGUUCAACAGUACACGAAAACAGUCUGCUGGAGCUCAGUUCCGGCAUUCCCUGAUGAUGCUCAUGGAGAAGAUGUAUUCUGCCAACCCCCACUUUGUGCGCUGUAUAAAGCCCAACAGCCGGAAGGAGCCAGGUGUGGUGGACAGCCAGGUGGUACUGCUGCAGCUCCGGUACAAUGGACUGUUGGAGACAAUCCGCAUCCGAAGAGAUGGUUUCUCCUGGAGACCGUCAUUUGAGGAAUUUGCUGAAAGAUACGGAAUUCUUCUAGUUAAACCACAUGUUUCCCUUACAAAAGAAAGCUGCUUGGAGAUACUACAAAGUACAGAUCUGACAGGCUGGAUAUGUGGAAAGUCACGACUUUUCUUUAAAUAUUGGCACCAGGAACAGCUGGCAAAGUAUGUGGAGCGACUGGAAGGAGCAGCAGUUGUCAUACAGAAAGUUUUCAGGGGAUUCAGAUGCAGGAAGAGUUACCUAAAACUGGUGGCUGAGCUGAGAGCUCAGGCGCAGCGGCUACAGGAGGAGGCAGAGAGAGAAAGAAGCCGUCAGCUGGCAGUGGAAGCAGAGGCCCAGAAAAGAAUCUCCCUUCCAGUCCCCAUGCCACGAAAGAGGCGCCCUCAGCCUUGUACCCAUUCGCCUGAUAAGUCACCACAGCCACCAGUGCCACGGCCGCGCAGCAAACUAACAGAGUCCACUCCUUUUGAUAACUUCUUGGACCCUUCUGUGCCUCGCCCUGUUCUGGGGACAGAGGAACAGACCAGAGAAGAGGUAAAAAUGAGGAAAUGCAAGAGAGGAGCAACUAUCCGCUGGUUCAAAGAGACACAGGCCAGGAAGGUCAUGCAGGAUGAUGGGGCUUUUCCAAGCUGGCUGCAUGGGAUGAUCAGCCGGAGGGAAGCUGAAAACUUGCUGAUUGACAAACCUUUGGGUUGCUUCCUUGUUCGGAUCAGUCAGAGCCGACCCGGCUACACCUUGACAUACAGGGGCGAAGGCCGCUGCAGACACUACAUGAUUGAGAUGCAGCCCAAUGCACGCUAUGUCAUCCUGGGGGAAGACCGAGCUCACGCCUCGCUUACCGAACUGGUUCGGUAUCACCAGACUGUGGGCAUCCAGCCCUUCAUGGAGAUACUGACUGUUCCCUGUGGGCAGAAAAGUAAUGAGAGUCUGGAUUACGAAGAACUGGAGUGCCUCAGGCUGGGUCCACCAGAAGCCGAGGGAGAGGCCCCUCCAGAGGAGCAGCCCUGCCCCUCCAGGCCUUCCCCCAGCAGACCUGCUCUGCAGUCAGGAGCAGCUGCAGUUCUCCGACACGUGUGGUUCAGGAGGACAAAGGAUUGCCAAAAGGAAGAGAGCCUGGACAAGAGCAGGACAAAGCCAAGCUCAGGCAAGGAGACAGGCAGCCAACGAGCCUUCCCUCGCCUCCACUCUUCCAUAUGUCUGGCGAUGCAGGAAAUCCAGCAGUUCUCUUCCACUACCUUGAACACCUCGGUGCAGAACGGCUGUCAAGCUCUCAGCAUUGAGGACGUAGAGCCCAAGUGACACGGUCAAAGUGUCUCAACCCUGUCGUCUUCCAGUGCUGCGGGUCCUUCCCUAACUGGGUGAACAUAUCCAGACAUACAGUGGCAUUUUUUCUUUUUUUUUCUUCUUUUUGCUGCACCAGCUGGCCCUGUGCCUUUGGACAGGACUGCUGCAGAAAUGAAUUUUCAUCAGCACUCAGCCGGUCUCAGUGGCUGAGACUGCAGUAUCUGGAUCAGUCUCAUCCUGGCAGAGGGGAGAGGAUGGGAACAGUCACACUGCACAGAUAGAGCAGUGCCUGACAAUCUGUCUGUCAAUACUUCAACAUGCCUGGAGACCCCCUCGCCUCGCACUGUUAAUAGUCACAAACUGGAUAUCUCUCAAAACCCUGUUCUCUCACAGAUACCUGUACUGAUUUCCUACCUCUUUCUCUGCAAGUCCUUUAUCUCUGUUUUGGUCCUGUGUAUACGCUGCUCUGGGUGACAAGGAAAGCUGCGCUUGGGAAGUAAGGAAUGAAACUGGUGUGUCCUUUCUCUUGAGUGCAGGAGCACUUGAACAGGAGCUGAGACAAGGGGCAAAAAGAUCUUUUUGCAGAGGAAAUUUCCUGCCCUUGCGUCAGUGUGCUGGCACGCUGCUCACCAGUUCUUAGCCAGAGCUCAAGUCAAGGAAUCAUUGGCGAAACAGUCUUGUUCAUCCUGCUCGGAAUCCUUACAAGUCUGGGCUGGACAACAUCCUACUUUACAUUGAGGGUAGAGGGCUUGCAAC